AUGCUCUCCCCUGCCCAAGGCAUGCAGGUCAAAUACAGCUUGGACUUCCCCAACUCGCCAAACGGUGUCAUCGAAUACAUCGUUACACAGGCCAUUCAAACUGCUUCCAAGGGCGGUAUCAGUGGUCUGAACUUUGGUGUUGGUGCUACCAGCAGGCUCAUUCCCGGCCAGAACCUGCAUGGUGCUAAGAUCAAGAUGCUGGAGCGCACCUACGAGACUCUGUCCAAGCAAUUUCACUUCGUACGGAAGAGUGAGUUCCGUGCCAAGCUAGAUGCUACCGAAGAACCUCUUUACAUCUCGUACCCAGCUCACGGUCUUGGUUUUAAGGGUAUUCGUGCGAUACUGAAUUUCUUGGAGAAUUAA